CUCUUGUUCAACGCCAACGGUCAUUUUUUCAUAAACAGCGCCUACACACUCCUAAACUCUUUGUUCCUUUCUGUUGUAAAUCCAAAAUUCAAGCCUCAAUUUAUCCCCUUAUUUUGGGGUACUAAAUCUGCAUUUUCUAAGGCAAAUUUUCACUCUUUCUAAGAAAAAAAUCAAGCAUUUGGCUGGAAAAAUCGUUCGUUUGAAUUGUUAAGGAAUACUUAAACAUGCCUACUCCAAAAAUUGAUCCACUUCUUCAAGUGGAAACAACAUGUGGAACCCUUCUGUACGAACUUCAGAUAAUCUGGGAUGAAGUCGGGGAGACUGAUGUUGACAGGGAUAAAAUGCUGCUUGAGCUCGAAAGAGAGUGCCUGGAAGUAUAUCGAAGAAAGGUGGAUCAGGCAAAUCGCUGCAGAGCUCAGCUACGACAGACAAUUGCUGAUUCUGAAGCUGAACUAGCUGCCAUCUGCUCCGCAAUGGGGGAGAGGCCAGUACAUAUUAGGCAGUCUGAUCAAAACGCUGGAAGCUUGAAGGAGGAGCUCAGCAAGAUUCUUCCACAAUUGGAGGAAAUGAAGAAAAGGAAAAUUGAAAGAAGAAAUCAAUUUGUAGAAGUUCUAGAGCAAAUACAAAAGAUCACAAAUGAAAUUUAUGGAUCCACUGAAUCAUUUUCUUCCAAAACAAUUGUGGAUGAAACUGACUUAUCCUUAAGGAAGCUUGAAGAAUUGCAUAGACAGCUCCAUGAGCUUCAGACAGAGAAGAGUGAUCGUCUGAAGCAGGUUCAAGAUUACCUUAGCAUGUUGAACGAACUCUGCUCUGUGAUGGGAAUGGAUUUCAAGCAGACAGUUGAUGAGAUCCAUCCCACUUUAAGUGACCCCAAAGGAUUUAGGAGUAUUAGCAGUAAUACUAUUGAGCAGUUGGCAACAUUGAUAAAAAAGUUACGGGAAGUUAAGAUACAGAGGAUGCAACGGCUACAAGAUCUUGCGACUACCAUGUUGGAGUUAUGGAAUCUGAUGGAUACACCAAUUGAAGAGCAACAGAUGUUUCAAAAUGUUACCUGUAAUGUUGCUGCUUCAGAACAUGAAAUUACUGAACCCAAUACUCUCUCCGUAGAUUUCAUAAAAUACGUUGAGGCAGAAGUUUCACGGUUGGAAGAGUUGAAGUCAAGCAAAAUGAAAGAGCUUGUCCUCAAGAAGAGAUUAGAGCUAGAGGAGAUCUGUAGAAAAACACACCUGGUUCCAGAUUCAGAAUGUGCAAUAGAAGAUGCCAUUGUAGCUAUUGAGUCUGGGUUAGUGGAUGCUGCUACCAUACUAGAACAAAUUGAACUUCAAAUUGCGAAGGUCAAAGAGGAAGCUUUUAGCAGGAGAGAAAUACUUGAAAAGGUGGAGAAAUGGUUGACAGCAUGUGAUGAGGAGUGCUGGCUUGAGGAAUAUAACAGGGAUGAAAACCGAUAUAAUGCCGGAAAAGGUGCUCAUCUUACACUCAAGCGUGCUGAGAAAGCCCGUGCCUUGGUUAAUAAACUUCCAGGAAUGGUGGAGGCAUUAGCUUCAAAGACCGUGGCAUGGGAGAAAGAGAGAGGGGUUGAAUUUUUGUAUGAUGGUAUUCGUCUGCUUUCUAUGCUUGAAGAGUACACUAUCUUGCGACAAGAGAAAGAGCAAGAGCGACGUCGGCUACGGGACCAGAAGAAACUUCAGGGACAGCUGAUAGCAGAGCAAGAAGCACUGUAUGGGUCAAAACCAAGCCCAUCAAAGCCCCAGAGCGUAAAAAAGGGUCCUAGGUAUUCAACUGGAGGUGCAAGCAAUAGAAGAGUCUCCUUGGGAGGAGCCAUGGUUCCAGCUCAUAAACCUGAUUCUCUUCACUCUGCAAAGGCUACUCCCAAAACACGUCCUAGCAAGAAAAGUGACCAUUUAAAUCAUCGCCAGGACGAUGGCAUUCCCGCUUUCUCAGCUGUUAGGAGAGGCCUGGACAUUGCUGAGACUCCUGUUCGAAAGCACUCUUCCACUCCCAGUGCUGUAAAUGGUAAAGAACCAGAGUCACCAUUAUUAGUUCGUAAGCCAUUCUCACCUAUCUCUUCAGCAGUAUCAUCGAAAGCCAAUAUGACAAACAUGUUAGAAGUUGAAGAUAAUGGUGAUACUUCACACAAAAUGCUUCAUCGAAGUAAUGAUCUCUCACACACUACUACUCCAUUAAAGACAAUUCCUUUGGUCGACGAAGAGAAUAGGACUCCAAAGGCAAUGCCAAUAAUACCUAGCACACCUUCGACAUUAUCAGUUCCAAUGCAGACAGCCAUGACACCGGCACCUACGUUGGCACCUAUACCUUUCGCUAUUACCAAGCCAGUCGAAGAGAUUGAACGGUCGUUUGAGGAAAGAAGGCUUGCUUCUCUGCUUUCUAAGAUUCAAAUGACGUCAUCAUGAUCAAGUGACACUUGAAUUAAAUUUGGUUCUACUUUUUUUUUUAACUGCUUUUUGUUCUCUCAGGUUUGUAAUGGCAAAAGUCAAUUAUAAAAUUGACUUUUUCUGCUAUGCUAUCUAUGUAAGGAGUUCCCUGAAUGUGGACGAAAAUGUUGCAAACAAUUCUUUGUGACUCUAAUGCCAACUUUCAGUUUUCUUAUCGAUGUUCCCACACAAUCAGUGAUCGGAAGUUUCCAGAACUAGAAACUUUUUAUGUAAUUUUCACAGUUUAAUGGACAUUUUCUUGCAUGAA